CCGGAGCAGCGGAACCUCAGAGCGGCGGAGCGGCGCCGCCCCUCGCUGCACCUCCCCGACAGCCCUCCGCGGCCGCGCUGGGCAUGCUCAGUCGACAGGGCCGCUUCAGUUCUUGGAGUAGGAAGCUUGGGCGCUUAGGCUGUAAGGAGCCGCGGCGGGGGGAAAAUGGAUCCCUUUACUAACGAUCUGCUUCAGCUCCCCAGGAAUAUGAUUGAAAACAGCAUGUUUGAGGAAGAACCAGAUGUGGUGGAUUUAGCCAAAGAGCCCUGUUUACAUCCUCUAGAGCCUGAUGAGGUGGAAUAUGAGCCCCGGGGUUCAAGACUGCUGGUGCGGGGUCUUGGUGAGCAUGAGAUGGAUGAGGACGAAGAGGAUUAUGAGUCAUCUGCAAAACUGCUGGGCAUGUCCUUCAUGAACAGAAGCUCAGGCCUUCGGAACAGUGCAACUGGCUACAGGCCGAGCCCAGAUGGGACUUGUUCGGUACCCUCUGCGAGGACCAUGGCGAUCUGUGUUUUUCUUAUUGUGGUUGCCGUUUCUAUAAUCAUGGUGAUUUAUUUACUACCCAGAUGUACUUUUACCAAAGAAGGCUGCCAUAAAAAAAACCAAUCAAUGGGACUAAUUCAGCCAGUUGCAACAAAUGGAAAGUUGUUUCCGUGGGCACAAGUCAGGCUUCCCACCGCCAUUAUGCCACUACGCUAUGAACUUAACCUACACCCAAACCUAACCUCAAUGACAUUCAGGGGUUCUGUGACAAUUUCACUUCAGGCUCUUCAGGCCACGUGGAAUAUCGUUCUUCACAGUACAGGCCAUAAUAUUUCAAGAGUGACCUUUAUGUCAGCAGUUUCAAGCCAAGAAAAACAAGUUGAGGUCUUGGAAUACCCAUUUCAUGAACAAAUUGCAAUUGUUGCCCCUGAAGCUCUUCUUGAAGGACACAAUUAUACCUUGAAGAUAGAGUAUUCGGCGAAUAUAUCUACUUCUUACUGUGGGUUCUAUGGAAUCUCCUAUACAGAUGAAAGUAAUGAGAAAAAGUACUUUGCAGCAACUCAGUUUGAACCCCUGGCAGCAAGAUCUGCUUUUCCUUGUUUUGAUGAACCAGGAUUUAAAGCCACAUUUGUCAUCAGGAUCAUAAGGGAUGAGCAAUAUACUGCUUUAUCAAAUAUGCCUAAGAAUUCAUCAAUCAUUAUGGAAGAUGGACUUGUUCAGGAUGAGUUUUCUGAGAGUGUGAAAAUGAGCACUUACCUGGUUGCAUUCAUUGUUGGGGAGAUGAAGAACCUGAGUCAGGACGUAAAUGGAACCCUGGUUUCUAUAUAUGCUGUACCAGAAAAGAUUGGUCAAGUUCACCAUGCCUUGGAAACAACUGUGAAGCUUCUUGAAUUCUAUCAAAACUACUUUGAAAUUCAAUACCCACUUAAGAAAUUGGAUUUGGUGGCUAUUCCUGACUUUGAAGCAGGAGCAAUGGAAAAUUGGGGUUUGCUCACCUUCCGUGAAGAGACACUUCUGUAUGACAAUAAUACUUCUUCAGUGGCGGAUAGAAAACUGGUUACUAAAAUCAUUGCUCAUGAGCUCUCCCAUCAGUGGUUUGGUAAUCUAGUAACAAUGGAGUGGUGGAAUGAUCUAUGGCUAAAUGAAGGGUUUGCUACUUUCAUGGAGUAUUUCUCCUUGGAAAAAAUAUUCAGAGAGCUUUCUAGUUAUGAAGAUUUCUUAGAUGCUCGAUUUAAAACCAUGAAGAAAGAUUCCUUGAAUUCAUCUCAUCCAAUAUCAUCAUCAUCUGUUCAGUCUUCAGAACAGAUCGAAGAAAUGUUUGAUUCUCUUUCCUAUUUUAAGGGAGCCUCUCUCUUGUUGAUGCUGAAAACUUAUCUUAGUGAGGAUGUAUUCCAAAAUGCUGUUGUCUUUUACCUGCAUAGUCAUAGCUAUGCAUCCAUUAAAAGUGAUGAUCUGUGGGAUAGUUUUAAUGAGGUCACAAACAAAACACUAGAUGUAAAGAAAAUGAUGAAAACCUGGACCCUGCAAAAAGGAUUUCCUUUAGUGACUGUCCAAAGAAAAGGAAAGGAGCUUCAUGUACAACAAGAAAGAUACUUUUUAAAUGUGAAGCCUGAAAUUCAGCCUUCAGAUGCAAGCUAUCUCUGGCAUAUUCCAUUAUCCUAUGUCACUGAGGGAAGAAAUUACUCAAAAUAUCCAUUGGUAUUUUUACUGGACAAGAAAUCAGGUGUCAUCAAUCUUACAGAAGAAGUGCAGUGGAUCAAAGUCAAUACAAACAUGAAUGGCUAUUAUAUUGUACACUAUGCAGAUGAUGACUGGGAAGCACUAAUCAAACAGUUGAAAACGAAUCCUUAUGUCCUGAGUGACAAAGACCGAGCCAACCUCAUCAACAACAUCUUUGAACUUGCAGGCCUAGGCAAGGUGUCUCUUCAAAGGGCCUUUGAUUUGAUUGAUUACCUUGGAAAUGAGACCUAUACCGCCCCCAUCACUGAAGCCCUGUUCCAGACAGGCCUCAUCUAUAACCUCCUUGAAAAGCUGGGACACAUGGAUCUGGCCUCAAGAGUAGUGGCCAGGGUAUUUAAGUUACUUCAAAGUCAAAUCCAACAGCAAACUUGGACUGAUGAAGGCACCCCAUCUACUCGAGAGCUUCGGUCAGUCCUGUUAGAAUUUGCUUGCACCCACGGCCUAGAGAACUGCAGCACUGUUGCCAUGAAGCUCUUUGAUGAUUGGGUGGCAUCUAAUGGAACUCAAAGCCUACCUACUGAUGUCAUGACUACUGUGUUCAAGGUCGGAGCACAAACUGAGAAAGGCUGGUCAUUCCUACUAAGCAAGUAUGUCUCUAUAGGCUCUGAAGCAGAAAAGAAUAAAAUACUUGAGGCUCUUGCCAGCUCCGAGGAUGUACGGAAACUUUACUGGUUAAUGAAAAAGAGCCUCAGUGGAGAUAUCAUCCGAACACAGAAGCUGUCAUUUAUCAUUAGAACAGCUGGCCGACAUUUUCCUGGGCACUUGCUGGCAUGGGAUUUUGUCAAAGAGAACUGGAAUAAACUUGUGCAGAAGUUUCAUCUGGGGUCCUAUACCAUACAAAGUAUUGUUGCCGGGUCAACACACCUGUUUUCAACAAAGGCACAUUUGUCUGAGGUCCAGGCGUUCUUUGAAAAUCAGUCAGAGGCAACCUUUCGGCUUCGUUGCGUCCAGGAGGCCUUGGAAGUCAUUCAGUUGAAUAUCCGAUGGAUGGAGAAGAACCUUAAAACUCUGACGUGGUGGCUGUAGCAUGCACACCUGCACCUCAUCUUGUCGCCCGUUCAGAGAGCUUGUUAACUUGGGCUCUGCUGCUUUUGCAAAAAGCCAAGGUGAAGCCAGAACCGCUGCCGAGUUGUUUGCACUCUUAGGAGUUCUAGUUAGCUCAGGGCCCGUCUGUACUUUUCAUCUGUCUUUUUCGAAUUGUCUUUGGGAAGUAUGUAGUUAUUUAUUAUAAAAUUAUAUUCGCCUACAUGCGUCAACAUCUACAAAAACAGUAAGUAAUUUUUCUACUUUUAAGAUAAAGAAAUAGGGAGGAAAAAUCUGUUUUGGCCUUCUGUUCUGUUUCUCAGUAUCCGGAAAAUACUGACAUGGUGAAACAAGCAAAGAUCUACCAUGGGAGCCAUCAUCUUUGCAGGCUGCUGGUUUGUCAGCCAUUUGUUGCUUCUUAUUGAUAGAUGUUACUUGAAUGUGGUACAACACUUGGCUUCAAAUACUAUGGUAAUGAAGUUGAUGAAUCAUAUAACUGUUAGAAAACUGAUCUCAGGUGUGCAGAUCUACUUUGAUUUGAGGUUUUGAUUAACUCUUUAUUUUCUGAAAAAAAGUUUAAAUAAGAUCUAUAACUUAUAUUUUUUUCUGCAGAACAGCCAGGUGCUACAGAAUUUUUAAAUUUUUGUUGUAUUGAAAAACUAAGUAAUAAGGACAAAAGAUUAAAAUUUCCAAAUAUUUAAUAAUUAUUUUUUCAUCUUUUAGGAAAAUGUUUCAAACUUAGUUAGCUUUAAUUAUAAUUAUUUUAUUUAUGAAUUCUCCAAAUCUGUACACCUUUACCACUCCCUGCCAUAGAUAUACCUUAUGUUAUAAAUAAGUAUGUCUACAUACAUGGCAAGCAUUUUGUUAAUACUGGUGUCUUUUAUCCUAACUUUAUCACUAUUACUAAAAAUAAUUUGUUUAAGUUACCUUUGACAUUACCUGAUCAUAGACACUUUCUCUGUGAAUCAUACUCAUGUAGAUUUUCAUGUUAUAUGGUAGGGUAUAUUAGAAGCAUAGUAGAAGCAUAUUUUAAAAUAGGGCCUUUGAGAAAUUGAGCAUUUUUAUUUGAAGUUCACCAUAGUACCUUAAAGGAAUAAAGAGAAUGUGGGAUAGGAGUAAUUUGAUUCAGAUUUAAUAUGGUGGGCUUUGAAUUUUUUCUACUGUCAAAAACAGUACCUUUUUUUAGUUGAAAAAUCAGUGGUUUUGUUUUGUUUUGUCUUUAUCAUGGCCAAACUAACUGAUUAAAAGGAACAGCUGAGAAAAAGAAAGAAAGAAAAGGGAAGAUGUCCACAGCUGUGUGGCAUUUUCACUCCUUGCAAAGGAGAAAUACUGUACUUGAAUUUUUUGAGCUAUGCAGACUUCAUACUUAGAUUGUGGACUUUCUUUGCUUCUUACGGGAAAGACUUUCUUCCUAAUAAUUUUUGAGUACUUUAUAUUUUGUUUGAAAACAUCUUGUAUGUACGUAAAAAGAGUAGAUACCCAUUUUCAAGCACUUAAAACACUCCACAGAAUCAAUGGGAAAGGACACCUUUUUUUUUUUUUUUAUUUUAGCAGGUAUAAAGCAAAAAAUAUGUGGGAUUGUGUAUAAAAUUAUAUUUUACUUUAUGAAAAUAUUUUUAUAUAACAAGAUUUAAAAUGCUAGCAAGCUAAAAGCUAGCUUUCUUUAAUCCUAGUGUGUUUUCCCCCAAUUUAGUCUUUUCUAAACAUUUACCUCUGGUUUAGAAUACAAAAUCUUAUAUCCUGAGAAUCACAGAAUACUCAAAAGAUGUCUUAUUGAAACUGGGGUGAUCGUAGGUUUUUAUUUGUCUUGUGCUUCCGGAAAUGAAUGAUAGUUUAGUUGAUAUUGGAAGUUAGUGUGUUUUUAUAUUUUUAGAGUGGGGAAACAUACUAAACUUUGAGGGGUUUUUUGGUUGCUGGUUUUUUACCAUAUGUUAUAUUACUAAAUUCCACUUUGAUACAGAAUUUAAAUUUUGCUACUUCUCAAAAUCAGUUAAGACUUUUCAGUUUUACCUGCCCAUCUUUACAUGGCUACUGUAAUGUAUGUUAACUCUGCAUAUGGCAAAUCCUGUACCGAAUUAUAUCAUCUUUCCUGAGUGCGUGUGUGUGUGUGUGUGUGUGUGCUUAUAGUAUGUAGGAAGAGGGUGAUGUUUAAAUACUUAUCAAAACAUGAGCUAAAAAAGAGGUAACUUGUAAUCCAUUGCUAUCUUUGUAUUCAAAAGCUGUUCAUUCCCAUGAUACUGGAUCUAUACUGGUUGUAGUGUUAUUUAUAGGCCUCACCUCAGUUGUUUGUAGUUUUAGCAGCCCUCCCCUCACAUUUUCCCACAGGAUUCCAUAAUUUGUAAUGUUAAGCUAACCCAUCUCUGUAUGGCACUUCUAAAAACUAUCUCUAAGUCAGGAAUAUAAGGUUAAGUAACCAGUAGAACAUGUUACAUAGUAAGUAUAACUAGCUUUUGAAGAUUAUAUCACCCCAAACCUUAUCUUUGCUCCUGCAUCUUGUAGAGCUCAAACAGAUGGACGCACAGCAGUCACAGCACGCUUGUUUAUGUAAGCACAUAGAUCCAUGACAGUUAAGUGCUGGUUUUCAAGUAUUAUGUUCAUUGCAGAGAGACGAUCUACAUGAAUGUAAUAGAAGGGGCACAUCAUACUAGGUUAUUAGGAAAGGUAAAAUUGGAAAUGUGGAAUUGUAGAAGAAAAACGUAUGCUUUGGAGAUCUGGAAAUAGAAAUCCAAGGAGUCUAGUUUGUUCCCUUAAUAGCAAGAGAUUGGAUACAUUAAACUACAGGUGGGGUCAGCUUCCACCCCAGGCUUGUGCCUUCCUGCAUCUUCUUGUUUUACAUAGAGAUCUCUUUAAGUUAAGUGUUGCUGUUAUUUGUGAACUUCUUACCAGCACAGGUUCCACUUAAAUGUUAAUACUCUUUGCCAUUCAUGUUUUCAUUUCAUUGAACAAGAGCUGUCAGCAGAGUUCUGGGUACGUAGAGGAUAUUGUGCUGCAUCAGUCUCACUGGGUGCAGAGCAGAGUCCCUUCUGAGCAUAGCAAAGUAAGGAAUGAAAGUUACGUGCUGAGUUUGUUGGAUUAUUGGUAGCCUGUUACUGAGUUGUAUUUUAAGAGUCUAUGCAACUAAAGCACCUGGACCCAUAAUCUGCAGUUGGACUGCUGAAUUCACGUAACCCCGAUUGGUUUCAUGGGAUUGUGCAGCUCAGGACACAUACCAUCACCGAGGACAGCAUUUUCUUCAGCUGAUUCUGCAAAACGAGAAUUUCAAAUUCUCUGCAAAUCUGAAUUUCAUACAUAAGAUGCAGCUCUUUUUCUCCCCUUUGCCUUUGUCAUUUCGUUUUUAUUGGAAUUAACUCUUUUGUAAAGAGCUUCUUCUCUCCCCCCUCUGACACUCCCAUUUGUACCGUUUUGUUUUUUAUUUUUUGGGUUCUUUGUCUUUUUUUUUUUUUUGCAUUCUUUUAUUUUGCACUUCAUUCUCUGCAUUAGUAAGUACUAAAUUAAAAGUGGCAGUCCAAAAGUAUGAUAAAUUUCCUCUUCUCCCUUUCCUUAUUGCCUACAUGUUCAAUAGCUAAUAAAAUAGUUGAUUGAUUUCUUUGAGUGCCUUUUUGGGGGUAUAUACUUUUUUUUUUAAUGUGCAUAUGUGAUUUUGAUAUGUUUUUGUUUUCUUUCACUUUGUAAACUUUUUCUGAUAGUGAAAUUCUGUCCUGUGAAAAAUCUCUUCCACCUGCCUAUAAUUGCCUGUGUGGGCAAUAGGUACAGAGUAGUUAUGUGAUGUUUCUUUUUUGGAAGUUGAUGGUGA